CCUUCCACCAUGGCUGCCUGCGUAUGGUGUUACAGGGAGACGCUGGUCCUCCGUGUCCUCCUAUAGCGCUUACUGCCUCACCUUCACCUCCUAAGGGCCGGAUCCAAAGGAGCCUCACUCCCCAGCCCUCAGGGCACCGGCCAAGAAGGCUUCCUAUACCCUGCUUCAGGGGCAGGACUACUCCCCCCUCCCCCACCAGGAAAAGGGGUAAAAACUUAAGGUUUUCUCUUCUCUAGGUCAGAAGCUCUUAGGGUCCAUUUCUUCAGGGGCGGAGGCCUCUGCUCCCCUCCCGUAGGAGCGCAGACCUCGACCCCACCAUACUCUGGUGCUAACGGCUUCCCUUCAGCAGCGCCGCUGCAGAGCCGGGACCCAGAGCACCGCCGCCUUCGCCCGCUCCGCACGCGGCCUUGGAGAGAGGUGUGGGGGGACCGGGCCUUUGCCCUGCUCGCCCGCAGCGUGCUCUUCUGGCCCCCGGCCCUUAGCAACCCGGAGUUCCCCAUUUCUAGGACUUUCCACCCAUCCACUCCCUGACCUCUUCCUGUCUCCUGGCUGCAGCCAUGGAGUUACAGAAGGGAAAAGGGACGGCAGCAGCAGCUGCUCCGGGAGCGGCGGGAGGUGGAGGAGGAGGAGCGGGAGCAGGAGCCCCAGGAGGGGGGAGGCUGCUACUUUCAACCAGUUUGGAUGCCAAGGAUGAGUUAGAGGAGAGGUUGGAAAGGUGUGUGAACGUUGUGACGUCGAUGACUGCUGGUGUCUCUGAGAGAGAGGCCAAUGAUGCCCUCAAUGCCUAUGUGUGCAAGGGCCCUCCCCAACAUGAGGAGAUCUGCCUGGGCCUCCUUACUCUUGUUCUCACUGAGCCUGCCCAAGCCCAGAAGUGUUACCGGGAUCUGGCUCUGGUGAGUCGUGACGGCAUGAAUAUUGUCCUGAAUAAAAUCAACCAGAUACUUAUGGAGAAGUACCUGAAGUUACAGGAUACCUGUCGUACUCAGCUGGUGUGGUUGGUACGGGAACUAGUGAAGAGUGGGGUUCUGGGAGCCGAUGGUGUUUGCAUGACAUUUAUGAAGCAGAUAGCAGGUGGAGAUGUUACAGCCAAAAAUAUCUGGUUGGCAGAAAGUGUCCUGGAUAUCCUGACAGAGCAGAGAGAGUGGGUGCUAAAAAGCAGCAUCCUCAUCGCCAUGGCCAUUUACACUUACCUCCGCCUCAUCGUGGACCACCAUGGGACUGCCCAGCUCCAGGCCCUGCGGCAGAAGGAAGUGGACUUCUGCAUCUCACUGCUUCGGGAGCGGUUCAUGGAAUGUUUGAUGAUUGGUCGAGACCUCGUAAGACUACUUCAGAAUGUUGCCAGAAUACCAGAAUUUGAACUGCUUUGGAAAGAUAUUAUCCACAACCCUCAGGCUUUGAGUCCUCAGUUCACAGGUAUCCUACAGCUUCUUCAGUCAAGAACAUCCCGAAAAUUCUUAGCAUGUCGUCUAACCCCAGACAUGGAGACUAAGCUCCUCUUCAUGACGUCCCGGGUACGGUUUGGUCAACAAAAGCGCUAUCAGGACUGGUUCCAGCGCCAGUACCUGUCGACUCCAGAUAGUCAGUCUCUGCGCUGUGACCUCAUCCGCUACAUUUGUGGGGUGGUCCACCCUUCUAAUGAAGUGCUGAGUUCAGACAUCUUGCCCCGCUGGGCCAUCAUUGGUUGGCUCCUGACCACGUGCACAUCAAAUGUUGCUGCCUCUAAUGCCAAGCUGGCUUUGUUUUAUGAUUGGCUAUUCUUUAGUCCAGACAAGGACAGCAUUAUGAACAUAGAGCCAGCCAUCCUGGUCAUGCACCACUCCAUGAAGCCCCACCCUGCUAUCACUGCCACGCUCCUGGACUUCAUGUGCCGUAUUAUUCCCAACUUCUACCCACCCCUGGAGGGCCACGUGCGGCAGGGCGUCUUCUCCUCCCUCAACCACAUUGUGGAGAAGCGGGUCUUGGCACACCUGGCCCCGCUGUUUGACAAUCCUAAAUUGGACAAAGAGCUUCGGGCAAUGCUGAGAGAGAAGUUUCCUGAGUUUUGCAGCUCACCCUCCCCACCUGUGGAAGUUAAAAUUGAGGAACCAGUUUCCAUGGAGAUGGACAACCAUAUGUCGGAUAAGGAUGAGAGCUGCUAUGACAAUGCGGAGGCAGCCUUCAGUGACGAUGAGGAGGACCUCAACAGCAGAGGGAAGAAAAGAGAGUUUCGCUUCCACCCUAUCAAGGAGACCGUUGUGGAGGAGCCAGUUGAUAUCACCCCUUACCUGGACCAGCUAGAUGAGUCCUUGCGGGACAAAGUGCUCCAGCUACAGAAGGGAAGUGAUACAGAGGCCCAAUGUGAGGUCAUGCAGGAAAUCGUGGACCAGGUCCUGGAGGAAGACUUUGACUCAGAACAGUUGUCUGUCCUUGCUUCCUGCCUGCAGGAGCUCUUCAAGGCUCACUUUCGAGGGGAGGUGCUGCCUGAGGAGAUCACCGAGGAGUCCCUGGAGGAGUCUGUAGGAAAGCCUCUCUACCUAAUAUUUAGGAACCUGUGCCAGAUGCAGGAAGACAACAGUAGCUUCUCUCUGCUUCUUGACCUUCUUUCCGAGCUAUAUCAGAAGCAGCCCAAGAUUGGCUACCACCUGCUCUACUACCUGCGGGCCAGCAAAGCUGCUGCAGGGAAGAUGAACCUGUAUGAGUCAUUUGCCCAAGCCACUCAGCUGGGUGAUCUGCACACCUGCCUGAUGAUGGACAUGAAGGCCUGCCAAGAGGACGACGUGCGCCUGCUGUGCCACCUCACACCCUCCAUCUACACGGAGUUCCCAGAUGAAACCUUGAGGAGUGGAGAGCUACUGAACAUGAUCGUCGCUGUCAUUGACUCUGCACAGCUCCAGGAGCUGGUCUGCCAUGUGAUGAUGGGGAACCUGGUCAUGUUUCGAAAAGAUUCAGUCCUCAACAUUCUCAUCCAAAGCCUGGACUGGGAAACCUUUGAGCAGUACUGUGCCUGGCAGCUCUUUUUGGCCCACAACAUCCCCCUGGAGACCAUAAUCCCUAUCCUUCAGCACCUCAAAUACAAGGAGCACCCAGAGGCCCUGUCCUGCCUACUGCUGCAGCUCAGAAGAGAGAAGCCCAGUGAGGAGAUGGUGAAGAUGGUGCUGAGCCGGCCCUGCCACCCUGAUGAUCAGUUCACUACCAGCAUCCUGCGGCACUGGUGCAUGAAGCACGAUGAGCUGCUGGCCGAGCAUAUCAAAUCCUUGCUGAUCAAGAACAACAGCCUUCCUCGCAAGAGACAGAGCUUGAGGAGCUCCAGCAGCAAGUUGGCCCAGCUGACUCUGGAGCAGAUCCUGGAGCACUUGGAUAACCUGCGGCUCAACCUGACUAACACAAAGCAGAACUUUUUUAGCCAGACCCCAAUCCUCCAGGCGCUGCAGCAUGUCCAGGCAAGCUGUGAUGAAGCCCACAAGAUGAAGUUCAGUGACCUCUUCUCCCUGGCGGAGGAAUAUGAAGACUCUUCCACCAAACCACCCAAGAGCCGGCGAAAAGCAGCUCUGUCCAGCCCUCGAAGUCGGAAGAAUGCCACACAGCCCCCCAAUGCGGAAGAGGAGUCUGGCUCCAGCAGCGCUUCGGAGGAAGAAGACACAAAGCCGAAGCCCACCAAGCGGAAACGAAAAGGGUCCUCCGCAGUGGGCUCUGACAGUGACUGAGGCCCUGUGGUCCCCACCCCAGUUGGAAGGCUCUCUACUCUUUGCUGAGUCAAAGGCUGAUAGGGGCU